UUGCUGUCAGUGAAAAGUAGUUCAAAUUGGGGUAGAAAAAUAAAUAUCCAAAAGAAACAAAAUAUUAUUGAAUUAAUUCUAAUAAAGGGCUAAUUAUAUAUAAACUAAGUUUUUCUUCGAUAAACGAAUAUGGCGCUAAAAGGCCAAGUCGGUCAAAAAAUUAUGAAUGAGGUCAUCAAAUACAAGCCUCCCUCAAAAAAGAAUGGGCCAGCCGGUGCAAAAAAUUUGGAAUGGAGGGUGUUGGUGGUCGACAAAUUGGCCAUGAGAAUGAUUUCUGCCUGCUGUAAAAUGCAUGAUAUUUCUGCUGAGGGCAUAACUUUGGUUGAGGACAUUUUUAAAACCAGAGAGCCUCUUCCCACAAUGGAGGCAGUUUACUUAAUCACUCCAUCAAAAGAGUCAGUGGAGGCUCUUAUGAGAGAUUUUGAUGGGAUUAAGCAUAUUAUGUAUAAAGCUGCACAUGUCUUUUUCACAGAAGUAUGCCCAGAGGAAUUAUUCAAUGAACUGUGCAAAUCUUGUGCAGCCAAGAAAAUAAAAACCCUUAAGGAGAUCAACAUUGCCUUUCUGCCAUAUGAAUCUCAGGUAUUUUCACUGGAUUGCGCAGAGACAUUUCAAUGCUACUACAAUCCUGCCUACUCUACAAAAUAUACUGCUAAUCUAGAGCGCAUGGCCGAACAAAUUGCUACUUUAUGUGCUACACUCGGAGAAUAUCCUUCUGUUCGAUAUAGAAGUGACUGGGAUAAAAAUGUGGAAUUAGCACAGUUAAUCCAGCAAAAACUCGAUGCCUAUAAAGCUGAUGAGCCAACAAUGGGAGAAGGUCCAGAAAAAGCUCGAUCGCAACUUUUAAUCCUUGAUCGUGGCUUCGACUGUGUGUCUCCUUUAUUACAUGAGCUUACUUUUCAAGCCAUGGCGUACGAUUUGUUAAAUAUUCAGAACGAUGUUUAUGAGUAUGAAGCUUCUGCUGGUGUUAAAAAAGAAGUUCUCCUGGAUGAAAAUGACGACAUGUGGGUCGAGCUACGCCAUCAGCAUAUCGCGGUGGUCUCCCAAAGCGUCACUAAGAAUUUAAAAAAAUUCACAGAUUCAAAAAGGAUGACAGCUAGCGAUAAGCAAUCCAUGAAAGAUCUUUCAACCAUGAUCAAGAAAAUGCCCCAAUAUCAAAAAGAACUUUCGAAGUAUGCAACGCACUUGCAGCUUGCAGAAGACUGUAUGAAACAGUAUCAGGGGUACGUUGAUAAACUUUGCAAAGUUGAACAAGACUUGGCAAUGGGCUCUGAUGCAGAAGGUGAAAAAAUCAAAGACCACAUGCGAAAUAUUGUGCCCAUUUUGCUCGAUGCGAAAAUAACCGAUCAGUAUGAUAAAAUGCGUAUUAUUGCCUUAUAUGCGAUGACAAAGAACGGCAUUACUGAGGAGAACUUGCAAAAACUUGCCACCCACGCGCAAAUUUCCCAAAAACAAACUAUUGCCAAUCUGGGAUUCUUGGGGGUUAACGUAAUUAAUGAUGGUAACCGAAAGAAAACGUACACGGUACCACGUAAAGAAAGAAUUAAUGAGCAGACGUAUCAAAUGUCGCGUUGGACCCCAGUAGUUAAAGAUAUAAUGGAGGAUUGCAUCGAGGAUAAACUUGAUCAAAAACAUUUUCCUUAUUUGGCGGGUCGUGCUCAGAGUACUGGAUAUCAUCCACCUGCUAGCGCACGUUACGGCCAUUGGCACAAAGACCGAAGCCAACCGACUGUAAAAAACGUGCCGCGUCUAAUAGUCUUCAUCGUCGGCGGCGUGUGUUUCUCCGAAAUCCGUUGCGCUUACGAAGUUACCAACGCCGUAAAGAACUGGGAAGUGAUUAUCGGAUCGUCGCACGUUCUCACUCCACGGGCUUUCCUCGAACAACUUACGGCCUUAACCUCUAACUAGAACGCGCUUAAGAAGGUCACCUUUGAAGAGGUCGACUGAGGAUAUUCCAGCUUUCUUGUUAUUGUGAUUUUACGAUGAGAGUUUUAUCUAGUUAGGUUUAAAAUGGGUACAUAAGUUGUAAUCUGAAGAAUUUCAAAUCGAAAGGCAAAAAUGGUGGGGUUAUAUUAAUUUUACUAUUAAUAGCGAUCAGAUUAUUAUUAAUUCCAAUUUUUAUUUUAUACUUAAUUGCGAUAAAUUAAUUCGUAUUAUGAGGUAUUUUGUAUUAUUGGAAUCGCUCUCGGCUGUACCUAGUGCAAUAUUAGCCGUAUGACUUGCAGAAAGAAAUGUAUUACCAAAGGAUAUAAGAAAUAAUGAGGGAAAUUAAUUUCAAGUUCCUAGAACGGUCACAAAUUGAAAGUAGUCACCCAUUUUUUCUUUAAGAGACUUACUUUUUACAAGAAACUACAAGUUUGGUCAGUCUCGACAGCAAAGUUCAGACAUGCACACUACGGAUUUUUUUUUUAUAUGCUAAAAUAAAGCGAUAAUGGAAGGUUAGAUCUGUUUGUAUUCAAAUCUCUGGAUUGAGUAAUCAAAAUUAAAUGAGCUAGGUCUUGUUUAAAUGAGCGUUUCAAUAAUGUUAAAUGCAACAGUAUGGCUAAUAGACCAAAGUAAUAAUUAAGCAAUACGUUGAUGUCUUUGUCCAAACUGAAGAUAAUCACAAAAAUAGAAAUAAAUAAGCCAUAACUACCUCGUUGUUAAAGUACUGUAUCGGUAGGGCUCUUGAUUAUGAGAAUUCUAAAGUAUGAAAAAGAAAUUAGUAAUUAACAGUAAUCGAGAAACGACAUAUUUUUACGUAUUUAUUAUUAUUUUUGUCAAUAUCUUCUUUUUAAAUACAGAUAUCAAGAUGCAAUUUGCUUGCAAAUGCUUAGUUUUCGACAGCAUCUCGUAGCAUCAAAUGCAUAUUAUUAUUGUUUAUAAGGUAUAUAGUAAGAAACGCUCUUUUACAUGAGACCUAGUUUAGGUCGGAGUUAGUAACAGUUUAAUAAAAACAGAUCUCAUUUCCCUCCACCCCGUCAUUUCAUUUUAGUAGACUUCAAUAAAAAAAUAUCAAAAAUUUUCUGAAUAUUAUGCCAUUACUUUAUAACCUCUUUCUUAGAUAAAAUGUGUAAAAAAUCACAUUUUCAUUCAAUUGUGGUAGAACUUAUAAAUAUUGCCCGUAUAUAGUAGAGAGCCAUUCUAAGUAGGGCAUAAAGCAUCAUUGAAAUUGUUUUUUCUAAAUGUCUCAAUAUCCUGAGAAGUAAUAAUCUAUCUUGAAUCAAAUUAGCUUUAUUACACCGUUUGACUUGCCUGUAUAAGGUUAUUGUAUUAUGGGUCUCAUCUACUGUGAUUAAUGCAAAAUGCUUGAGAAUUUAAGCUAAAAGUAGCAUAAAUUAUAACAAAUUAAAUCAGGUUCUAUAAAUUAUUUAAAAAAUUCUAGUCAAACAUUUUAUUAAAAACUAUGUGUAUCCAUUUUAAACCCUUUUAUAUUGAAUAAUAUCCAUUUGAAAUAGAUUUAUCAGUCGUUCAAAUACAUCUUUCAUAUGUAUUUAUUAUAUAGAAAUAACUUGUUUUAAAAAUCUACAUAAUAGAGCAGUUAUUGUGAGUUACAUUGAUUUAAAGUUAUUGUUGGUUUUGUCUCGUUAAAAAUAUUUUAAAUAGGUAAGCUUUUUAACCAAUAAUUAAGAUAAAAGUCAAUUUAAUAAAUGUUUAUUGGUUCAUUCUUCCGCAUAUUUGGCAUUUAUUCACUUAAAA